AUGAUUACAACUGACAACCAAAUAGGAAGACGCAAAGCCCUAAGGAAGACAUCGGAAGCCUCCAACGCCACAUCCAGGUCUCUUACCGAACCAGAAGCAUUAGUGGAAUGCUGGAACGUCAAAAAGCAAUCCAUAUCCAUCGUCCCAAUAUCCAGUGUCACGCAGCUGUACAAUACGAAAAGCCCCUUACUGCUUCGUGAAUCUAAAAUAGACCAGUCUACUGUGGUAUUCCCGCUCUGUCCGGAUCACCUUAUCACACUCCUUCAAUUUAACGCUCUCCGCGCUCUGGCCGUUAACCGCUCUCUGAUUUCCGGCAUCCUCGUUACGCCCUUUGACUGUGAUGAGGAGGUUAUACAUGUCAUACCCUGGCCUACCAAGCCAAACUUACUCCCUUCAGCGCUACUACCUACCAAACUUCAACAAACGGUGCCGCAUGGUGACUGGGUUGACUUGUUUCCAUGUCCUGAGGGAAGAGACCGCUUGAUUCGAGCUUCUGGCACCUUUGAUGAGGAUGAGCUAUGGGCUGACUGUAUUGGCGGGUUAUACGAGGGCUUCCCUGACGACGAGAUCAAACAACGUGGCAUCAUUGCGUGGUCGCCGCCAUGGGAUAUCACGGGCUGGGAAAUGUCGGAAGGGUUUUUAAGGAAAUGGGGGUGGUUGUUUAUGGACUUGCCAGGAAUGUUGGAGGCGACCAAUCGAUGGCGGAUCGAAAGAGAAGAGAAACCCUUCGUUUAUGAUGACUGCAUUGCACAUGCAGUUUUCCGACCUUAG